AUGAGUGGCUCCAAGCUUGUCCUAAUCAUAUCUCCAAAAGUGCAGAUUAUGUUGGCUUGGGAUUCCCCUGUGAAUUGUGUGUUCAAGUUAAAUGUUGAUGACUCUCGCAAGGGUGGCACUGGCUGUAUUGGUGUUGGUGGCAUCAUCCGAAAUUCCCUUGGGGACUGGAUGGGUAGUUUUGCUGUCAAUUUGGGAAAUGGACAAACACUGGAUGCUAAACUCUGGGGGUUAUUCUUUGGCUUGAAGCUUGCUGCUGCUAAAGGGGUGGCUGGGCUCUCUAUUGAAAUGGAUUCUAUAACUGAUGUUCAGCUUAUCAAGUAG